CCGAAAUUUGUCCAAUAUCUCCAUCGAUUCUUCCCAACUCUUUGUGUAUGUUUGUGUUUGUGAGCAACGACCAACCCACAACAGCAACCCACCAUCCCACGUACACGACAGUCCAUCGUCUCUGCGAGCGCCACGUCCAACCGCCCAACGAUGCCGCCUCCUCCACCUCCAGGCCCGCCACCGCCGCCGCCUCCGCCACCUGUUUCGUCUAGCUCCACACCAGUGGUGAAUGCUUCCGGUGGGAAAGCGAUUCAAGAUCUCAUUGCAGAGAAGCAGGCCAUGGUUGAGGCCAUUACACCUGUCCGCCCAAAGACGCCGCCACCAAGGGAGCCGGAUAAAUUGGUGGACGUCCACUUUGACUCGCUGUCGUGCGUCCAACUUUUCAACAAGCUGCAAUUCGGCAGCCAGCUACUCGUCCUCGAUUGUAGGGACGCGCAAUCCUUUGACAAAUUGCAUGUCCGAUCUGCAGUCAACUGGGACUGCGUGAAACACCAAAGUUUGUUGGAUCUUGAAGAGAAGGUGCCGCGGCUGUUCUUCCGUCGACAGUACCAUGUCAUCCUCUACGAUGACGGCAGCAGCCUCGAGAGCCCAUCAGACCGCUUGAAAUCUGCAAUGGAUAUUCUGGUCGCCGACCAGAGAACACAACAGACGGUUCGUGUUUUGUCCGGCGGCCUCGCUGCUUUUUCCCGCUCGUACCCCUUCCUGGUCAAAGGCACCGACGAGUUUAAUGACGCUGAAUACCCAUCAGAGAUCAUUGAUGGAUUUCUCUUCCUCGGAAACUGGGAGACAGCAAACAACCGUCGAGUCUUACGAGACCUGGAGAUCACACGCGUCGUCAAUGCGACAGACAGCUGCGACAUGCCAUUCAAGGGCGACCUGGAGUACCUGCAUUGUCCGCUGGACGAUCACGCCGAAGCGGACAUUUCCGCCCACUUUGACGACUGCCUGGCGUUCCUGUGCAGAGCGAAAAAGGACAGCGAGCGCGUCCUUAUCCACUGCAAAAUGGGCAUGAGCCGCUCCCCGGCCCUUGUCAUCCUGUGGCUGAUGCACAAACACAACCUCAGCCUGCGAGAGGCGACGGAGCUCGUGCGUGAGCGGCGGCCGUACAUCAAUCCAAACCCGGGAUUCCUCCUGCAGCUCGGCAGGCGCGAGGUUGAGCUGUUUGGGGAAACGACAAUCCGCUUCCCGAGUACAGACAACAUCACGAUGGCGACGCCCUACGAGUGGCGCCAGCCAGACGGCUCAUGGGUCACCCGCGUCGUCAUCCGCUGAUGUGGCCGUGGUGGUGAUGUGUGUGUGCGUGUGUGUUGUAUCUGUGUGUGUGUGUGUGUGUGUGUGUGUGUGUGUGUGUGUGUGUUG